CUUUUCUCAUCUUCUAUUUGGAUAUGUAUAAUUUUGUUGAUAUCGCCAUUCUUAUUCUAUUAUUUUUUACAUUAAUAAAAAGAUAGAUAUGGAGGGAUUUUUCUUUUUUCUGUCUCUCAAUCUUGCUUGGUUUUUUUUUUUAUUAUGAAUUGUAUAUAUAAAAUUAAUAAGGAGUUCGUUAUGUAGAUCUAUGUUGAUGAGUAUUUUGUUAGACAAUCACAAAUUCUAAUGAUUAUAUUCAUAGAGUUCAGGCUCUUCAAAAAUACUACAACUCUGAUAUUUCAGAUAAGGAGAAUAUGAGCCACAAACAAGAAACCCAAAAAGAAAAGAGUAAUCCAAGAAUCCAACUCUAAUCUAAAGAAAAACCUGAACUAUAUCUCAAACUGUGCGACCAGAAAAAAGAUGGGCACUCUGGAAUUGAGAUGUUUUUCAGUGUCUCAUCUGAAAUGCAAUGCAAAAUCUACUUUGCUUGCUCCAAUCAAAUCCAUCCCCAUUACAAGAUCUAUUAAAAGCUCUUCCUCCAACAGAUUUUCCAGAGGGAAAAUCAGGGCAGUUGGAACAAUCCCUGAAAGCCAACCUGCAGAAACUACUUCCCAAGAACCUCCUCAAAUCAACUUAGCAUUUGUUAGUUCAGUUUUGCUGCCGGAUGGGACGCCGGACGUGCAAUGUCGGACGGCUAGGGGAGGACAGAAACUCAGAGACAUUAUGCUUGAUUCUAACGUUGAGCUGUAUGGACCAUAUGGAAGGCCUUUGCUAAAUUGUGGAGGAGGAGGAACGUGUGCCACUUGCAUGGUUGAGAUUGUGGAAGGAAGAGAGCUAUUAAGCCCUCGGACAGACAAAGAGAAGGAAAAACUGAAACGGAAGCCCAGAAAUUGGAGACUUGCUUGUCAAACCACGGUUGGGACACCAGAUUCAACUGGAACGGUUCGUAUUCAACCUAUGCCAAAACUAACUCAUUUUAUCAUUUUUCAUACCACUCUUAGUUCUCAAACCAAAAAAAAAAUCAUAAUACAUACUGCAUUUUAGGCUUAGUCAAAAUAAAAUAUAACACCAUUCAGGCCCAAAAAUGGAUACUGGAGACUGCCUAUAUAGACUCAAAUCACAUUAGCCCAUAGCUUCCUUGUUGCCCUUGGUCCAACAAUUAAUCAGGCCUAAAUAUUGGAUGACAAAUGCUAGGUCAUAACUGUCAUAAGCAAUUACUCAUUUCUCUUUUUUAUUAAUUGUGUGUGUGUGUGUGUGUGUGUUUUUUUUUUUGGUUUAACUCAAUUACUCCAUUUCCAUCCAACCAUAUUACAAGACACAA